AUGAGAGCAGCCGCGGGUGGGAAACAGUGUUGUCCUAUUUCAGUGCUUUGUUACUGGGCUAUCAAGUCGGAUGCUGUUAAAGAGCCUCCAUCAUCAGUCUGGACGGACCUGGGAGGAGGGGCGGAGGAGCGUGCGGCUUUGGAGGCGCGGAUUACGUCGCUUCGCGGAUUCGCUAAAGGUUGGCAUCCAAGAGUAUGCCGGGACGAUGCGGGAGUGCGUGCAUUGAUGUUACAACUCAUGCCUGUAUCUCACUGGGCGGCUGCCUUGGCUACGUUAGGUCGGUUACAGUUGAAUGGGUGUCCUAUAUUCGAAUUGGAGGCUGCGGCUACGUUGUUGUUGCACAUGCACACACCCGUGCACUUAGUGCUUGCUGCGGAGGCCUUACAGGCUGCGCGUGCGGAGAUGAAUGAAGCUUUCUGGGUCGCAGAUAACCCCGCCGGUCGACUCGAGAAGUGGCUUACGGCCUGCUUCCUGCAACACGCGGGCGAGUUAGGUAGCCAGUGCCAGGCGGCAAAUCCCGCCGACCCUCCUGAACUUCUCGGGACUGAGUACCAACCACGACUCCGACGCGCCCUGGACGUAAUGGUCUACGCCACACUCGGCUCCCGACACUUCGGCCCCGAACUCCAGUGCGUGCGGGAACACACACCGCCCUUCCACACACAUUCGCCCAUGUCCGCCCCAGGUGUCGGCUCCUCCGGGCUCUUUGCUUCCGCUCUCCUACGACCACUCAGCGCCACGGAAUACGCACGCAUGACGCAAGUCACCCUGCGACCAUGCUUCUUCACCGACUGGGUUACCCGUAUAGAACACCUAUUACCACUUGAUCACUUUCUCCACGACCAAGCCAAGGCAGCCCACGAGCUCUAUACGCUCUUCACGCCAAAGGAACGCGCCGACCUACGCGCCCUGCCCACCCAGCUGGCUGACCAGGAGCGGCAGGCGCUGCUUGACGACACCAGGCACCACCUCCUGACCACCCCCGGCCUGGUCGAUGACCCGAUGCGGUUGGUGGAAGAGACGGGGUUGGCGACCUGCAGCUGUAAAUAUCUGCGACUGGCGGAGGUGUUCUGUCGGUUCUUCUACCUGCCGUUUGGGAGCGUGACUGCCAGAGUCCAUGCGGCCCUACAGCAGGCCGCCCUCGGGCCUCUGCCGUGGGUUCGGGGCGCCGUAAGGCGGCUGGACCACGUGGACAUCUGGCUGACGGCGUGCCUGCUUGAACGCUCGCGUGUGGACCCGACGAAACUGAGGGAGUUCUGUCACACACACUUUAGCACACACGGACUGCCGGGGCACGCGGACGCAGACGAAGACAAUGAAGUGGACUCGUUUGGCGCCUACCUCAACCGUCGCUGGCACGUCCGCUGGCCACGUGCAGCACUCCCACUAGAGCCCUACGAUGGGCCCCACCGUCGCCUCCGAAGAAGCCAAAAUCGGCGCUGGAGUAUCGCCAUCCGACACCACCAGGACAAGACGCGGGCACAAGGGGAUAGGCACCACCUGCCGGACGAGGCGCCGCCUGACGAGGCGCUAUCGGACGAGGCGAUGCCGCAAGAGACGCCGACAGCAGUGCCGCCGGUUAAGAUGCGGAGGAUGCAAUAG